CUCUAAAUAAAUUUUCCGGGAAAAAUAGAGAAAAGAAAAGAAAAGAAAAGAAAAAGGUGAAGAUACCGACACUCGCCUACAAGAGCUUGCAUAAACACAACCUCCCAGCAACUGGGAAAUUGGAGAAGAACAUAGGCAGGCCCCACACUUAUCAGUACAAGCUGCAAUACAAUUAGAGAGUGACAUACAAGCGUUAGAGAAUGAGAGUGGGGAUGAAAUUCAUUUUAUUUCUAGUUCUACAUUUAUGAUGGGUUGAGUCUGAAAAUUCCAAAUAUUGCCCCUAAAGCCACCUCCAUAAGUAGUGCUUCGCUCCCUUCUUUAAUCCCUCACCCUAUCAGUACCUCACUGACUCUCUCUCUCUCUUUGUCUUUCCUUUUUCUCUCUCACUUUCUGUUUGUUUCUAGGGAAACUUCAGAAAAGAAAAAUGGGUGUGGUGAGUGUUUCUGCUUGCCUUGCCUCUCUACUUAUCUCAGUAAUGUGGGUGGCUGAAGCAAGAAUCCCAGGGGUGUACACUGGGGAUGCAUGGGAAGCAGCUCAUGCAACCUUCUACGGAGGCUCUGAUGCCUCUGGCACCAUGGGUGGGGCUUGUGGAUAUGGAAAUCUCUACAGCCAAGGCUAUGGCGUGAGCACAGCUGCACUGAGCACUGCCCUCUUCAACAAUGGCCUCAGCUGCGGUGCCUGCUUUGAAAUCAAGUGUGCAAACGACCCAAACUGGUGCCACUCUGGAAGCCCAUCAAUUUUCAUCACUGCCACCAACUUCUGCCCUCCAAACUUUGCUCAACCAAGCGACAAUGGCGGAUGGUGCAAUCCUCCCAGGCCUCACUUUGACUUGGCCAUGCCCAUGUUUCUCAAGAUUGCCGAGUACAGAGCUGGAAUUGUCCCUGUUUCUUACCGUAGGGUGCCAUGCCGCAAGCGCGGAGGGAUCAGGUUCACAAUCAACGGCUUCCGUUACUUCAACCUGGUUUUGGUCAGCAACGUCGCGGGUGCAGGGGAUAUCGUGCGGGUGAGCGUGAAAGGAUCCAAGACUGGCUGGAUGAGCAUGAGCCGUAACUGGGGUCAAAACUGGCAGUCAAACGCCGUUCUGGUUGGUCAGUCGUUGUCCUUCAGGGUCAGAGGCAGUGACAGGCGCACCUCCACCUCAUGGAACAUUGUUCCGGCCAAUUGGCAGUUCGGUCAAACAUUCAGCGGGAAGAACUUCAGAGUCUGAACAACAAACAAGAAAAAGUCCACACAUAUUUAUGAUUUUCCCGCCAUAAUAUAUGUUUUUCCAAUUUUACCCUUUCUUGGCGCCAUUGUGGUGUUUUUACUAGAUGCUGUUUUUGACUGGGUGUUGGAGAAUGUGAAAGUGUGUUUAGUGGGGAGGGGGUUCAGGGACAACUUUGACUUUUUGGGUUGGUGUGAUUUUGUGAGUGUGUGGACAGUGGAGGAGGGGCAGUAGGGUAAAAGUAAAAAAACAGGGUAACAAGUGUAAGGGAAAUUAAUUAUUAAAUUAAAAACCCAAGUGAGGAAAUUGUAGAAGAGGAGGUUGAGGCGGCUGCAGAGAAUUUGUAGCCCGCACCCUAUAAAUACUGGCAAAGCUAAAGUUGUAGUAUAUUAUGAUUUAUAUGCAUGAGAAAUGUAUUUCUAGACCUAGUAGUAACUUUGUUAUUUUCUUGUUUUGUUUUGAUUUACUUGGAAAGUAUAUUUGGUUUGUUUCAAUGGAACUUGGCUUUUUGUUAGUGGGUUUUGGCUUAAUUCAACCAGCUUUACGCAGUU